CUCAGCUCUGCCCAGUCUGGCACGGGGAGGGGGAGCGGUUUGUGAGUGCACAAAAGUCAGUGGAGCUGCUUGGUGUGGUUUCCUGGCUUCUUCAGCGCAGCAACAGGGGAAAGAUGAUCUUCCGUUGGUCCCAGGCCUCCUGCCACUGCUGACACCCGCCCGAAGAGGAGAUCGGCACUCGCACAGUGCAUGUCCCCAACUGUCUUCGCACCUAGAUUCAAACCGAGUAUCGCCAGGACCAUGACCUCAUCUGGGUCCAAUCUCCACAGCAAGCGUCUGACCUCGGAGACCGAGCACGCUCAGAGGAUCCCGGCUGCCACGCGGCAGAUGAAACGCCGGGACAGACAGCGUUUCUUUGAAGAUGUCUUUCAGCACGAUGUGGAUGUUUACCUGUCUGCUGCUCACCUGCAGAUCGAGCACAAGAGACCCCCGAUUGGCAGCAUCUCCUCCAUGGAGGUGAACGUGGACAUGCUGGAGCAGAUGGAACACAUAGACAUUUCAGACCAGGAUGCCCUGGAUGUCUUCUUUAAUUCGGGGGCUGAGGAGGGUGUGUCACCCUCCCUGCUGCCAGGUGAUGACGACGACGACGAUGAUGAUGAUGAUGAGGAUGAUGAUGAAAAAGAGGAGAAGGGGCUGACAAAGGGGAUCUCGCUGCUGGUGCCUGAAGGCUGUGAGACAAAAUUUCGAAUGUCGUCAACGUCCUCUGCCUCAACUGACCCCUGCAGCCUGGACCCCAGUGAAGAGGGAGGAGAGACCCCUGUCAUCCAAUCAGAUGAGGAGGAAGUACACUCGGACCACCUCCUGCUCACGGCCACACUCGCUACCAAGGAUGAAGAGGAGGAGAAGCCUUCUGUCUCUUCAUAGCAUAGCCUCGAACAGUCAACCUCGAACAGUCACCAGUCAUUGUAGACUGACCCUGGAUCAGCUCCAGCAGUUUUGAUGUGAGAGGUGGGGUAAGGCAGAAAGUCAUUGGAGCUGAAUCCAGAUCGGGACAGGAAGUUCCCAAAACGUUGCCAUGUCGAAGAGGGGCCAGGCUAUGCUGGCCGAUUGGUCUGGCAGGUUUGUAAGGAGAGAACCUGACUAAUGCCAGCAGACCGCUUGGCUGGGAUUCUGGUGAUUAAUUUUCCUUUUUCAAUUUUUUUUUUUUUUUUUGUAGUACAGGUUUCACACCUUUUAAUUUUUGGAGUGAAUUUGGUUUCGCCCUUUCCUUUUUUUCAACUACCAGAAGAUGCCAAAGCUCCUCUGACAAUAGUGUUUUUCCCCCUGUUCACAGCUGACAACUGUCACACUAAGAUUAUUUGAAGAUAUGUAGUAAUAUUCUUUGUGUAUAGCACUCAUGAUCUGAAAAUUAAGACUGAAAAUAUUAAUACAGUAGAUUGCUGUAAGCAAAGAUGAAAUUGUGUGAUUACUUUUUUCCAUGGUAUUCAGUAUCAUAUCUUCAUUUAGCUUGCAUCCUAGAAACUGUAAUAAUAUUUUUAAAAUAAGAAAAUAGCUGCUGUCAAAUUAGCUUGUUACUGCAUUGUGUCAUUGUAUGCAGUUAUAAAGUGGAUAAACGCAGCCAUGAUAACUUCGAUGCUGUGCAAACAAACUGCUCAGGAUUAUUCCCAGAUUGUGUGAACACUUAAAUAGUUGGGACUUGACACUGAACUUUUAAUUGAAUUAUGUUUUGUACUGGAACUUUUUAAGCUAACAGCUUUAAAACCUGUGUUGUUAGAAGCCUGCGAUAGUGAACAGUAUAAAUACCAUAAAAAGGUAUUUAUUCAACAUAUCUGCAUGGUUGAAAUGUUAAAUUGCGUGACAUGUCUCAAUUAAUUCAAAAUGUGAUUGAGUAUUGGUAGCCUAAUAUUUAUUUGCAUAACUAAGGUAAUUAUGACAGCCAUAUGUUGACAAAAAGUUGAACACCUUUAAUUAUGAAGGCAAAGAAAUUUGUAGGAAAACCUUUAUGAAGGCAACAUAUUGCCAGUCUACAUGAUUAUGUUUCAAGUUCAGAAUUAGGAUAGUCUCCCAGUUCCAUUUUGUAUUCUGUCCUUUCAUAUGAGUCUGAUGAACAGAGUUGUCUGAAGCCAUGCUAAAAUCAUCUGGCUACUAUACCUUUGUUAGUUUAAAAAACUUACAGCUUUAAAUCAAAGUUCGUAUACUUUAAAAAAUCAAUUAUUGUUUUUUUAAAUGCAUUCAAUUUGACUAAAAAUAAGACAUUCCAUGCCAUACCUCUUACGAAGUCUGCUAAGCAGUGACCUUUGACCUCACAUUUAUUUUUAACACUACCUGGUAAUGUAAAUUAGUCAGCAGCUGCAUGCAGGUUUCCCAAGUAUCACACAAACAUGGGAUUUGCUGCAUAUUAAGUAUAGGAAGGUCUUGAUUGGAGCGUGGUGGAGUUUUGUAUUAGCUGGUCCCCAGCCAGUCUUCUGCUAGUCCCAAAGUUCAGCAUACAUGUUUCCCCUUCCAUUGUGUGCAUGCUCCUGAAAUUCAGAGAAGUUUAAUGCAUCAGUUGUGUUGUAAGCACAGCGAAAGCAGAGACUGGAAAUGUUUUAAUAUUUGAAGUGGGAUCAUUUUUAAAAAAUUCCUGAAAUAUCUACUAUUAUAGUGAUGACAACGCAGAGCCCAUAUAAACAAGACAAGGCCGUAAAACCACUUUAAAAAUGUGCCUCUGAACUUUCUUCUAAAUAAACUGUUACAAAAUGAA